AUGCCAGGUAUUCCACAGCCAAAGAAAUUAUCAACACAAGCAUCGGAACUUACCAAUGAUAUCUUAUGGAAAGAGGGCCUAGUUCUCGACGGCGAAGUAGGCUUGGUCAACGCGCGACCGAUCCAAGAGUUCAGUCCAGACGCAUCAGGCUUCGAGACAUUAUUAGAAGAGGAGUAUAAGGCCAUCUCUGACGUAGACAAGGCCUUUGUGAAAGCUAUCCCACAGUCUGUGUAUAACCACUUUCAUCACGUGCUAUAUUGGUAUCGCUUAUCAAUGCAAGCCGUGGCGAAUGGUGUUUCUUCGCGUGAACAGGAGCAACUGAUCAAUGUUGUUAACUCCCAUGACAUAUGUGUCCCUUCAGGCGCAGCCGCUUAUCUAGCCGGCUUAGGCGACUUUGAAGACGUGACUGGUGUCAAACACCGAAUGACAUCCACAGAGCCGAAUGACUUAGGUCAUUUUGGGAGGGCGACAGCGCAGACGCACCACCUUUAUGAGACGUCUCCCGCCCCAGCUAUUUCACUCCAGCGUGUAUUAGAAGAUCUACAUUACACGAACGAUCUGUUACACCUUUAUUCUGUUAGCCUUAAAGCUGACUUCAUUCCCUCUUUCCAACUACGUAAACACUUUGCUUCCUAUAUAAUAAACAUCCCGCUCAAACCCAGUUAG